UCCCUCUGUUUCUGUCCAAGAAUGGACGAAUUUGAAGGGUUGAAGAGAGAGAUUGAGAGACUUGUGAAUAUGGUAGAUCCGAAGAAGGACGAAUGUCAGGAAAAAAGAGUAAUAGAAGAAGAAGUUAGCGCGAGCCGUUCUGUGGUUGUGGGGUUUCUCGAAGACGAGAUCGAUAGAAAAGAAGAAGUCCUUCUUAAUGCGAUCAUCAGGUUGAUGAAGAUUUACAGUGAACUGGAUCAACCCUUGGAUGAAAGAAGAUAUUUGGGACUAUUACAAGUUGAUGAAAUGAGAGCCGCCUGCCUCGGCCACAAAGUGACGACGGUGAACGAAACCGAUGAGCAAGCUUCUGAGAGAGCGGAUUUAAUCCGAAGUUUUUGGCAACAAAAAAUUGCCGAGUCGUCCGAGUUGGUCUCUGAAGGGGAGGAGGUCCCGUUUAAGCCCUACGAUCCAAGCGCUUUAGAGGCACUCAAAGCGAGCUCGGGUGAAAAGGUUUACAGGCUUGUCAGGAGGGGCUUUCGUGAAGUGCGCGUGGCUGUGCGGCUUAGGGUUUUGUUAAAACCUUGGAAUCUUGAACAAGGAAGAGAAUCUACUAUAGAAGGAUAUGUUUAAGU